AGCUUCGUCAGAAAAACUGGAGCGCCAUGGAGGCGCUGUCAGCCACAGAAGCCAUCCUUCAGGGAAAACUCAGCCGGAGCACUCAGGAGCAUCAGGCAGUUGUGGAGUCUUUAGAGGUGGAAUGUAGGGCAACACUCCACAGGCUCCUCCCACUUGUCCCCCUCCCUUCUGAACAGGACCAUCAACAGUGGCUGCAGAGCUUUGAAACGGCAAUGAGAGAAGUUGAGGCCACUUUACCCAAGAACACAACUCCUGAUCUUGCUGCAGCAGAGGAUGCCCAGCAGCCUAUGUUGGAGAAGCUUAAAGCGGCAGAAGAGGCCCAGAGGGUGUUGCAGAAAGACUGUGAGACUUACAAAAAAGUGUUGGCAGAGACGGAGGGCAUCCUCCAGAGAUUACAGAAUAGUGUGGAGCAGGAAGAGUCUCGCUGGAGGAUGAACUUGGAAAUGUCACAAACAGAACUGAAAGAGCUGAGGAAAGACAAACAGACCUUGGGGGCAGAGCUUGAGCAAGCUGAACGUGAGGGUGCCACUUAUGUAUCUGAAAUCCAAGAGUUAAAGACUCAACUUAAUGAGGCAUUUAGCAAGCUGGACACAGAAGAAAGUGAACGAAAAGAGGUGAAUGGGGAUCUCUAUAAGGCCCAGCAGUCUCUGGAGCUCAUCCAGGACAUUUUAAAGGAGGCUGGGCAAGAUAAUCUGUUAGAGAAUAGCAGCCUGACCACACAAACGGAGGACGUGGACUGCAAAGAGAAAAUGAUGGCUGGUUUGAAGCAAACUGUUAAGGAGCUCCAACUGCUCCUGCAGUCAGUUAAGAAGCAACUCGCCAAGGGCCAAGUAGGGGUAGAAGGGGACAAAGACUCAACUGGGCUCUAACUUGGAGAAGGAAAGAGGAGUUGUAGACUAGCCCUGUGCAACACCUACUCCUGUCAUGAAAACUUGGAUAAGACCCACUCACAUUCUCCAUGGUCUCCUCCUUAGCUGUCACGCUCAUGUUUGGUUUGUUUAUAGUGCAGCCAGACACACAUCAACACAUGUAAAAGCAACUGGAUAUUAGCGGUCUCCUUUUCCUGUCAAGAAGAGCCAUGCCUUGGGAUUAUGGGUUCAUAAACGAAUGGACUAGCUCACAAAACAUGUACUCACACUGAAACACAAAAUACACACUCCAGUUUUCUUUUCUCAUGCACUUUCUUUUCUUGGUCAUGUGGUUGCAGAACAGAUACCCUCAUUUUAUUUAACUCUGUUGCACACACACACAUCCUGCAGCUGCUAGCUGAGGCAGAGUACAUUGAUCACAGUAUAAGAACCGACAAAUCCUACCUGUUUCCCCUCAGUUCUCACUCAUCCAAUGGCUUUACUACAGAGUAGACCUAAACGAAAAGCAGGCAUCCAGGUGACACAAUCUACCUAAAGCUGCUGCUAAGAUGGUUUUCGUUUACUUCUGCCAGUCUUUACCACUGUAGGAGUCCACUCCUCCACUCUUAAAUAAUUGGCAGGUAGGGAUCUCCUAGGAAUUGUACUGACUUGUUCAUACAUUCACACUGAAUUGUCAUUUUUUUUAGUUGCUGAUUAGAGCCAAGGAGAUUACCAGAAUGUUUUUUUCAAAGCAUCUAUUUUAGUUUGAACUAUCAGAAUUUUUAAAACAGUAAUGUUAAGUGUCGCAUUCACCAGGUUUUGAAAGGACUCCGGAGUGCUUUUAUGAAAUGGUGUACCAUCUGCUGUCCUUCAAAUUCCAUUCAACAAUGCUAAUGUGGGGAAAUGCAGUUUCACUUGCAUAUGGCUGUUUCUUUUUGUGGGGGAUGUAUUGCAGCUUAAAUGAUUGGGAUGUCAGAUGAGGGAAGGACUAGAUUUUCAGUGUAAUCUAACAAAUCGAGAGAGAGUUGUCUGUCUGUAAUGGAACAUUUGCUUUACUGUUACUAAUUUCAUUAACACUCAAGAAGUCUUUUUUUUUUUGUAAAACAGGUGAUCGUUAUUAAAAGGGAUGCUUGAUAUAUAUAUAUA